UAUACAUCACCUCUGAAAGACGGUUUACAAACUACUAAGACAUAAUGGAACGUAUGGAACGUUUGGGUGCUCCAACUAACGCUGGAUCUGCAUUGGGGAAACGGAAUGUCCGUGGACGCUCACGCGGCAUAGAUCUGGAUGAUUGGAUUGCCCAUCAUGGAAAAUUGCCUAUCAAAUUCUCAGAUGUAGCGAGGUAACCAAUCUCCACAAAUAGGUGCAAAUUAUCUACUGAAUGCGGCAUAAUUGUUCGUGACUUUGCUCCGAUGCAAUAUACUUCUUGGAAGAAAAUUCCUGAGCAUGAAAGAGUUGUUCUAAUUGAAUGUGUCAAUGACAAGUUCGAACUGGACAUUACGCGUCCUUCUAUUAAGAAAUAUCUAAAUGACUGUAUGGCCAGACGAUACAGCAACUACAGGACUCAAAUGUCAGCGCACUUCAAAAAGUUUGAAACUAUUGAAGAAGCCCGCUUGAAGCCAUUCGAGAACGUCUCACCAGAGAAUUGGUUAUGGUUGUGUGACCAUUUUUUUUCAGAGAAAUUUAAGAAGCGGUCCGCAGCAGGGUUGAACAAUCGGAAGCAAGUCGAGUACAACCACUGUGGGGGUUCUCGUGCGUUUCAAGUGCGCCUAGAGAAGAAAAAAGUUUUGGGAGUGCAAGCUUCCAAAAUACAAACGUUUCACGAUACUCACACGCAUAUCAAAGAGGGUCAGCGUGUUUGGAUAUCUGAAACAGCUCACGUUCAGUAUGACAAAAUGGUCGAGAUGUAUGAGCAAGGCAUUGUGGGAGGGGGCACUCCUGAUGAAAAUGAAAUAUAUGACGAAGUUCUGAAGAGGAAAUCAAAAAGACACCGUAACCGUAGACUUUCUGAUGAGGAGACAGAAGAACUCUUUGCACUCCUUGCAACGAAGGAUGAUAAAAUCAAGCAGUGUGAAGACCAAGUUCAACAGAUGAAAGAGGAUGCUGCAAGUUUUCGACAAAAUGUCCUUAAUCAAGUACUGGAUCGUAAUCCAAAUGUUGAUGCAAACUUGGAUACUAUUCAGGAAGAUGCUUAGUUCUUCAUUUUCCUAGAAUCAGUUAGAAAUUUAUUAAGAGUUUGUCUUAGGUGGAUGUUUAGAAGUGUCCCUUUUCAGUUUGUUAGAUCUAGUGAGUGUUUCCGUAACGUGGGUGUCAGUAUUUCCGUAAGUGUCCAUUUUCAGUUUACUUAUUUGUUUAAGUAUUAAGUGUCAGUAUCGUGUCUUUUAAACAUUUCAGUAAUGUUAAUGAAUGUCUAGUUAUUUU